CGUCAGGCCAGCAGGCGGCGCUGCAGAGUGACGUCACAGGAGCAGCGACACAGCAGCAGUAGCAGUAGCAGCAGCUGCGUGAGGAAAGCUCUAAUAAUGAUGAAUUAGCAUCAUGUGCGCGGAAUAACUGGACUGAUUGCAGCUCGUCGUCGAAUAUAUCGCGCUUCUGCCGCGGCGUCUGGACCUCCGAGGUGAAAUUAACGGCGGGAACAUGGCCAACGACGAGACGCUGCGCUCGCUCAUGUUCACGCUCAGUUACGUGCUGAUGAAGCGGCGACGUGACGUCACCAGCGCGGACGCGCAGCGCAGACGCGAGGUUCAGCGGCGCGUCGCGCACAGACAGUAUUUCCAUCAGAGACACAAGAGGAUGAUCAUGAUGAUGAUCGCUCAAACGUCCCGUCCGAUCAGUGACGUUCCGGCACGUCCCACGCGGGUUUGGAGCAACAUCGAGAGCACCGAUUGGUGGGAGCGGGUGGUGAUGAGGGAGUUCCAGCCGUCCGAUUGGCUGGAGAAGUUUCGCAUGACCAAAGAGACGUUCUUCCUGCUGUGCGGCAAACUGAAACCGCGGCUCAACCGGCAGGACACGCGUCUGCGGCCGGCGCUGCCGCUGGAGAAACGGGUGGCCGUGGCGCUGUGGCGUCUGGCCUCCAACGUGGAGUACCGCACCAUCAGCACCCUGUUCGGCGUGGGCCGCUCCACCGUCUGCAAGUGCGUGCGGGACGUGUGUCACGCCAUCGUCCUGCUGCUGCGGCCGCUCUACCUGCGCACGCCCAGCGAGCACGAGCUGGAGGACGCGGCCCGGCUCUUCGCCACGCGCUGGGGCUUCCCGCACUGCGUGGGUGCGGUCGGCAGCCUCCACGUGCCCAUCAUCGCGCCGUCCAGCAACACCGACAACUACUGGAACAGCCGCGGCUGGCUGUCGGUGGUCACGCAGGGCGCCGUCAACGGCCUGGGUCAGUUCUGGGACGUGUGCGCCGGCUUCCCGGGCAGCACCGAGCACUCGGCCAUCCUGCAGAACUCCACGCUGUGGGCGCGCGGCUGUGACGGAGGCUUCCUGCUGCACGAGCCGCCGCUGGACUUCAUGGGCCGCCCACUGGGCUACCUGAUGCUGGGUGAUGCCGGCUACCCGCUGAAGAGCUGGCUGCUGAAGAGCCACCCCGAGUCCAGCGAGCUCACGGCCGGACAGAGAGCCUUCAACCGCAAGCUGGAGCGCGCGCGGAGCGUGGUGGACCAGGCCUUCCUGCGGCUGCGGGCGCGCUGGCAGUGCCUGCUGAAGCGCAACGACUGCCGCAUGGACGUGGUUCCCACCAUGAUCCUGGCCUGCUGCGUCCUGCACAACGUGUGCGAGGUUCACGGUGACGAGUUCGACGAGCGCUGGGAGGAGGCGGUGCGGCACGAGGAGAGUCCGCAGCCCGCCGAUGAGGUGUCGCCGUCGGCCGAUGACCGGGACGGAGAGGAAGUGCGCGCUCUGUUCUGCGAGUACUUCCUGCAGCAGGAGAAGCAGCAGAGGACUCUGGCCUGUUAGGACGCGUGACGUGGACGGAGGAAGUGUGCUGUGUGUUUUCCAGAACUUGAGUGUAAAUGAUGACAGUGAUUUUAACGGAUUCAGAGCAUUACAGCAGGAGUCAUUUAUACUAAAGAAAGACGCGCCGACACACAUCUGACAGACAUUCGUCGAAUCUGAACUGCUGAAGGCCGAUUCGCACCGACCGACGCGAACAAUCGCCAGAUCGCAGUCACUUCUCAGACUUCCAUGACCAGACAAGCUCCGAUUCAACAUGUUCAAUCAGCGAAAGCUGCGGCGGACGGUGCGAUCCAGUGCUGACGACGGUCAGUGUUGUGUUUGUUAGGGUUAGUUAGUGCAGGAUGUUAAUGUGAUUCUCUACACUUGUGUGAUCUUGACGUCAUACAUCCAGUAAUGUACCAGAAAUCAUGAAGAAGAGAUCCUGCGGAUUCAGGCACGGAUCUGAUGAAGGACUUUCAGGAGCUUCUGUAUCCCGUGUGUUCAACCACAACAGGACGCUGAGCCGAUCAUGUGAUUAUUCAAAAAGACUGUUUUAAAUGUAUGGAUGUGUUUUAAUAAUCAUUCACUGACAUUCUUUCAAAUCAUUAAACGUGAAAAAGAUGUAAAUUUCUCUCAUUAUGAUAUUCUGUGUGAUUUUAAUGCUGCGGUGUGUCAUUCAUGGACAAACUUAUAAAUUCAUUCAGUUACUUUUUGAGAAAUGUCUCUGUGUUUGUUGUUGUUUUUUUAAUUGUUAUUUUUAUGAUGCUGAUGAUGACAGAGUGAUCAUGUGUGGGUGAUCCCUUAUUAGCGCUCAUCAUGACGUGCCAUCUGUCUCUGUGAGGGUUUAGAUUAUGAAUAAGCGUCUGAUUAUACUGAGGAUUAUAUCUGUUGACUUGAGAUGGGGGUCGAGGGUCAUUCAAAGUUCUGGAAGAUAAAGGAAACAGGGGCAGCGACCCGUAGAUAAGCGUACGGUAAUAUAGCGACAUCACAUGUCCUGCUGGGUUCAUAUGUGCUGCGGUUGAACUUUCUUUCUCUAUCCCUUGUUUGCGGUCACAAGCCGGAUUAUCUUCGUCUCUGGAGAGAGAGACGGACGCUCACACGCUCACACGACCUCAGAGAAAGGUUUCCAGCAGGCCGUCAGCAUGCUGCAUCCGCUCAUGAUCUUCAUGGUCGUGAUCAAUGUGUCCAUAUCCAUCGCCUUCUGGACCCUCCUGAUGUCGGAGGUCUUCUUCAAAGAGGCUGAGGAGGAAGUGUAGGGUCCGUCAGCAUGUAGAUCACACACGACCCUCGGUAGUUCGCACACGGCUUCAUAGAGAAGGAUUUUCCCCUUCAUUUCUGUCAGUCUUUUUUUUUUUUUUCUUUUUUUGUCCAAUUUGUAGCAAAAAGCAGCGUUUGGGAAUUGUGGAGUGGAUGUUCAUUUACAGACUGGGUGUUUGGCCCUAAAGCUGAAGCUGGUGAUGCUGAGAGAGGCAGUGAAGAGGAGGAGAAGGUCGGGAUGGAGGAAGAGCGGGCCGGUCUGCUGCCAGGAUUCAACAGCACCGAUCACCUUCAGCAACACUUCAUCACGUCACUAUGAGUCUCCAUACAGCUCGUGUCAACUGUACUCUGGGUUUAAUGUUUCCACGUGUUUAUAACACAUCACAUGCUCUUUUUGCUGCUGUAGAAGUGUAGAACGCGUAGAUGACAGUGUCUUUAUGUAUGAAAAGAGGGUGUGGUCAUGUGAUGUCAUCAAUGUAAUUGUUGAGUUCCCAACUUCAUGAAAAUGAAUUCUGGGAUGUUUCAUAUUUUGGCAUUGUAUAUGCAUAAAUUAUGCAAAUGAGAUAUAGAAUUAAAGCCUCUCCUUGUUAGGAACCAA